AUGGACGCCACGGCGGAGCUCAACGAGCUCUUUACCGCAUCUUACCCCGACGGCCUGCCCAAGGAUGUUCUCGCCGAACUACAAUCUAUCUUGCGGGUCCACUCGAUCACCGCGGAGGAACUUUUCUACAAAUGGGAGUCUUACAGCAUCAAGAUGGGCGAGGAAGUGAAAUUGGACAUGGACACCGUGCGCGGCUUCAAGCAAGAUGUGCAAGAAGCACUUGAGCGCGAAACUCGUGGCAAAGCUGGCCGACAGACGGAGAAGAGGAACGCUGUCAACGCAACCCCACGUGCUGCAGCGAGCGCUGAUGUAUUCGGAAUGUUGGACGGAUUGACACCCAAUACCUCGAAUGGUCGGCCUUUGCACACCGUUACUGGCUCCGUCAAACGCAAGAACAACUUCUCCUCGCCCGCCACGCCAAAAAUGGGACGACUUGAGCAGAAUGGAUCUCCUAUGGCAAAAGGACCUGCUUCAAUGGCAAAUGGUGGAACUCCUGGCGGCACACAAUCUGUUUCAUUCUCUGAGCGACAGAAUGCCGGUCAAACAAUUGAAUCGCUCAAUUCCCACUUGUCGCUGCCAGAGACCCCGAUGGCACCCUUUUCCGAAGCGCGCAUCAAGCCCACGGCCAAUACGGAUCUCAAGAAGUUCGGCUACAAACCUAUGGGAAUGCGACUUUCAGAAGCUUCGGAGAUCCUGGAUGAUCGGAUCGAUGAAUUUGCUGCUAUCUUUCAGAAACACUACGACUCGGACGAGCUCACCUUCGGCAGCGCAGCCACUCAAAGUACAAGUGAAAUCAUUGCCGUUGGACGGCUUGCUUCAGAUUCCUUGGAAGGAAAGCUGAACCCGGCCUCUCUGGUUCUCGAGACUUCACGCCGAACUGGGGCUGGAAGACGAGUCCCUUUGAAAGUCGACUCCGUUCCGGGCUUAAAUUUCUUUCCGGGCCAAAUCGUCGCUCUGCGAGGAAUCAAUCCCUCUGGAGAUUAUUUCACAGUUAAGGAGAUCCUCCCAAUUCCUCUCCUGCCUCCUGCUGCAUCUUCGGCGGUGGCUCUCGAUAAUAUAAACGAACGUCUCAACAAUGGAGACGCCAACCCCCCUCUCAAUGUCAUGGUUGCAGCCGGUCCGUUCACAGCGGAUGAUAACUUGGACUUUGAACCUCUGCAGGAACUGUGCCAGAAAGCGGCAGACAAUUACGCUGACGGUCUCGUUCUGCUCGGUCCGUUCCUAGACAUCGAGCAUCCCCUGCUUGCAUCUGGGGACUUUGACUUGCCAGAUAUCAAAGGACUCGACCCGGACACCGCAACACUUACCACAGUCUUCCGACACUGUAUCUCGGCGCCGCUAUCCCGCCUCGCAGCAGCAGUUCCCAGUAUCACAAUUGUGAUUUUGCCAUCCGUGCGUGACGCUUUGAGUCGGCACGUUUCAUGGCCGCAAGAACAACUUCCUAAGAAGGAGCUUGGUCUGCCGAAACAAGUCCGCAUGGUUUCCAAUCCCGUAACAUUGUCCUUCAAUGAGGCUGUUGUUGGCAUGUGCUCCCAUGAUGUACUUUCCGAACUCCGCCGCGAGGAGGUCCUUCACGGCAGGCCCACCGAGGGCAACUUGCUCUCUCGACUGCCCAAGUACCUCGUUGAGCAGCGCCACUUCUUCCCUCUGUUUCCUCCCACCGGACGCGCCAAUCUUCCCAAGCCCGGUCCCGAGUCCGGCCCAGCGACGGGCGCAAUGCUAGAUCUGCCUUAUAUGAAGCUGGGCGAGUGGUGGAACGUGCGCCCCGACGUGCUGAUCGUGCCCAGUAUGCUUCCGCCAUUUGUCAAGGUCGUGGACAGUGUCCUUGUCAUCAACCCCGGUACUCUGUCCAAGCGCCGCGCCGCAGGUACCUAUGCCCAAAUGGCUAUCCACCAGCGGAAUAUUACAGACGAGGAGCGCGAGCAGAAGCAGCUUGACCACAAGCUCUACGAGCGAGCCCGGGUGGACAUCAUCAGGAUCUAG